GACCCGCGGUCGCUUUUCAACACUGAUUCCCAUGCGCUGUUGAAACAUUCGUUAAUUAUUUUUAAGAUCGCUCUAAAUAUGUCCUUUUUACGCAGUGCCGCUGGUCUCCUGGCGCGUGCCAAGCUCCUGGAAGGUGCAACCACAGUGCAACCACGGCGGCAUAUCAAACGUUGGGUUUCGCCGACGUUACGUGAGCUCGCCCACCGGCAGAAGAAACUGGGACCCCAACAACCGGAGCCGCGUUCUGGCUUCGUGGAGUGGAACCAGCGCUCAGAGCUGUUCGCAUUUGGCAAGCGGUUGGGCGAAUCCUUCGAACUAUCCCAGCUGCAGCGGGCAUUCACAGAGAAAUCCUUCGCCCGGCGCGAGGAGGAGCGGCGUCGGAAGCUGGGCAUUGAGGAGGCGGACCUACAGAUGCUCGACAACAGCGACCUGGCCGAGAAGGGCCAGCACAUUGCGCGCGCUUACGUCGAGGCUUUCCUGCUGCAUCAGCUGCCAAAGGUACCUAAGGAAGGUCUCCAGGCGAUUGCCAGCUAUCUGCUCAGCACGGAGACCCUGGCCCACGUCUCCUCUCAUCUGGGAACCAAGGAUCUAAUCCAAUCCACAGAGUACCCGCCCUCUGCCGAGAGUCUGGCCCAAUCCCUGCAAGCCGUGAUCGGCGCCCUUGCAGACUCUAGCGGCGUUGAAAGAGCUUUCCUCUUUGUUCGCGACUUCAUUUGCACCCAACUGAACCAAAAGGAUCUGCUGGAUGUGUGGACACCCCAGGAACCCCUGCAACUGCUCGAGAAGAUCUGCCAGGAGCGCAAGCUGGGCGAAGCAGAGCCACGCCUGCUUGGAGAUUGCGGCAGAAACACGGUCCUGGCCGCCUACCAGGUGGGCAUCUACGCCAACCGCCAGUUGCUGGGCAAGGGAUUCGGCGAGGACCUUAAGACGGCGACAGAAACAGCGGCCAUCGACGCCCUUCAGAGCAUUUUCGACACCCACGACAAUCGACGACCCUUCGACUUCUCCAUACAGCUAGAGACCAAGAACGUGCGACUGGGCUGAGAAACGGAACAGGGUCUGUGUCCUGGUUGAUUAUUGUAAUUUGCACUAAACACAUGUACGCAUGCAUUGUCAGAGAAGGUUGCGUUUUAAAAUCAUUUAACUACGGGUCAA